AUGUCUGAAUCAAUUUCCGAAGGCACAAUUUCAAAGUGGAACAAAAAGGCUGGAGAUUCCAUUCAACAAGAUGAGGAAAUUGUGACAAUCGAAACUGACAAGGUCAAUGCUCCAGUUAAUUCCCCAUAUACUGGAAAGAUACUCGAAAUAUUUGCAAAUGAGCAAGAUAACGUAGUUGUAGGCCAAGAUCUUUGCAAAGUGGAGUUAGGGGAUGCUGCGGCUUCUGCGGACACUUCGAAAGAAGAUUCUCCAAAACAAGUACCAGAGCCAGAAUCAAAACAAAAGGAAGAUACUCCUCCUCCUCCAGAACCAGAACCUACCACAACUUCAAAACCAACCACGCCUCCAACACCACAACCUUCCGCUUCCCCAACGCCGCCACCUUCCGCACUCCCAACACCACCACCACCUUUCGAACCUCAAACACCACCACCUUCUGCGCCUUCAAAACCUUCACAACCUUCGAGUAAGGCAAAAGAAGAAUCUCCUUACGGUGUAAGAGAAGAGCGUGAGGUUAAGAUGAACAGGAUGCGCUUGAGAAUUGCCGAACGUUUGAAAGAAUCACAAAAUACUGCUGCCUCAUUGACAACUUUCAAUGAAAUUGAUAUGACCAAUAUUAUUGAGCUUCGUAAUACUUACAAGGACGCAGUUCUCAAGAAACAUGGUGUCAAAUUUGGAUUUAUGUCCGCAUUUGUAAAGGCUUCCACUAUUGCACUCCAGGAAGUUCCAGCUGUCAAUGCAUCUAUAGCAGAAUCCGGUGAUACCAUCAUAUACAGGGACUAUGUUGAUAUGAGCGUUGCAGUUGCUACACCGAAAGGUCUUGUGACUCCUGUGAUUCGCAAUGCCCACCUAUUAUCAUUUGUAGAAAUUGAAAAGGCUAUUGCUGAAUUAGGCCAAAAAGCUCGAGAUGGGAAAAUGACCAUCGAAGAUAUGGCUGGAGGUUCUUUCACCAUUUCUAAUGGAGGUGUAUUCGGGUCACUUCUUGGAACUCCAAUUAUUAACCUGCCACAAAGCGCGAUAUUGGGGAUGCAUGCCACGAAGGACCGUCCCAUUGAAAUUCGACCAAUGAUGUACAUUGCUUUAACCUAUGAUCACCGUCUGAUUGAUGGCCGUGAAGCUGUAACAUUUUUGAAGACAGUCAAAGAACAG